ACUUUUUUUUCGUCUUCGGAUUUCUUUUCGUGCGGACUUUCUUUUCCCUUGAAAUUAUCGUCGCCAACUGCGAAAAUGAACAAAUCAACCAGCAAGAACGCACCGAAGGCGAUUUUCAUCACCAACCUUCACGACUCCACAAGUUUCCUGGAUCUCCACCUGGAGUUUUCUCGCUUUGGCGCGAUCCAAUCUGGCACGAUCGCGCUGAAGAUGACCGAGACGAAAGGGCAUCAGAUCGGGUAUGGCUGCUUGGUGUUCGACGAUCCCGCCGCGGCGGCCAAAGCCAAGGCCGAGAUGGACGGGUUCGUGUAUCGCGGCAAACCGAUGGUCAUUGGGUUCGAGAGACCCUCGGCCGACUGGUCCAACUAGGUGAAAGAAU